AUGCUGGUGUGGAUGUUGGUGGCGACCGCGGCCGUGUGGCUGUGGCCGCUGGCCAGAGCUCAGCCUCUGUGCGGCGCAUCACUCAGUCGCCCACGCAUCCACGUCUACGUCGGGAACCCCUCUGGCUACCGCCCCGCCUGCACCCUGGCUUCCCCCUGCACAAAACGCAACCGGCGGUCCUCGCACGGGGGUCCCGGGGGUCGCACACGAGUAGUGCUGCUGGCUUUGGGGGACGGGCUGGGGCUGCAAGAUGACCUGUAUUUUUCAUCCAAUACAACAUUCUUGAUUAAACAUCCUUGUAGAAAACACAUAGCACUGUAUCUAGGAGCAGACAUUUUUUUCACAAGAGAUAACUUUGAAAGCAGUCUCACUCCAUUUUCCAUCCCAGAGUCAAUGGAGGUGGGCAAUCCAGUAGUAACAUCAGCACAUUUUUCUGAUAGGAUCCUGCUGUUAGUAGUGAAUCAGAAAGUCUACAUUUAUGACUACCUGGACAAUAUCUGGGACGAAGCUGAAGGUAUACAGCACCCUGUCUCACAUGUUACUGGUGACAACUGUUGUUAUAGUUUAAACAAGUUGUGCACGGAGAUGCACAAUACCGUUUUUGCAUACAUGCAUGGAGAAGACCUAUCUCAGACCCACAUAUAUUUCUCAGAUAACGGAGGAUACAGUUUUGACAGCUAUUCCCCUGGAAACCAGCUUGAAUUACCUGGAACACUAGGGGGAAUUUUCUUCUUUCAUUCCUUGUCACAGAGUGGAAUGCUUGCUGUUCUUGGUGACAUAGGCAUGUUCUUUUACACAGAGCAUCCCCUCAAACAUAGGAUGGGGCUGUCCUUCCAGUAUGACAGCCCUCUAGAGGUUAUCAUUGUCCCGGGCCAGCGAGGCUUUCUGAUCUUCUGGAAUGAGAAACACCUGUUCAUGUCCCCCAACUCAGGUCAGCUUGUAGACACCGUUCGGCUGACAAAAGGAGAGAAUGUCUUGUUUUCAUCCAUCACUGAUGCCAGUGUCACCAUCCACACCAUCGCCACCAAUGAAAAUGAACUGGCAGUGUUAACACGGGAGGAUCAUUUAUAUUACGGCAGUCUGGGAUUCCUGUCUACUUCUGUAAUCAAACUCCCUCACCAGCCCGUCUGGAGCCCAGAGGUGGCCCUGAUGUUCCACGAUUCGGGGAGACUUGAGAUCCUCACCCCAGUUUUUGACGGCAGCUCCCUGGCUUUCGACUUCGAGAAGUGCUCCGUGAACAUCCAGGCGGUUCUCAUGGAGCCCGAGCUCCAAGUGCCAAAGUGCAAAGUAGAACUGCUUCAAGGACAGUUCGAAGAAGAUAUGUACACCAUCGAUAUGAACAGCCUAUUGAUUCUGUCAGCCUCCUUCAUCCCCCGGCCUGGCACAUCCCCGAUCCCACUAGUGAUGGUGAGUAACCCCUACUCACUGGGGCUGCAUGCCUUCAUUGAGGAGUUGGGGAACACCCUGGAUGGGAACACUAAGUACAGUCUGAACGUUCAACUCCAGCAGCAGCAGCACUCAGGCAGGACUCACCCCAACUUCACCUCCAGCAUAAAGCGACCGACCGUGUCUACCUUAAUCAUGGACAUAGCCAACAAGGAAAUUUCCUGUGUGGACUUGAAGCCACUGUCCAUGCUCAUUUCUGUCGGCUGUGACCUAACGAAGAAGAUUGUCGUGCAGAACAAAAUUUCUGCCUGCACCAAGGGCAUCCUAGACCCCGUGGAUCUGCAGAGAAACUACACCUACAUCAUCGAGAAGGAAGCCUAUGACCCCAACUUCCUUGGGCAUAAGGCCACCAAUGACCUGUUCGUGGUGUACCCGUACAAGGAUCUAGGCUGCCCUCGCCUUGUUUACUUCAACACCCCGUGGAAGCCCGUGCUGGAGCUGUGGCAGGAGGAAGAGAUGAAGGAGAUCGUGGACGCUGAGUAUGUGCUCGUGGAGGUGAACGGGCUGUUCACAUAUUCCUACUCGCUGACAGCUGACUCAGCGCACUGCAGAUCACAGCCUCAGAACUGGUCCUCCAUGAAGCAAGAGAAGCCCAGCUUCACUUUCACCACCUGGAACAGGGAGAACUAUAUCAGCUGUCACGAGCACAACAAGGACAUGCCUUUGAGGUGGCCGAAUGCCGAGUAUCAGGUCUUGGGAGGCAAGACGGACAAUGAGAUCAUUUUUGAUCAGAGAAACGGGAUCUACAUCUUCUAUCUGUCCAUCGUGGAUCCGUACUACAGUGGUUUUGAUAUCAGCCAUGGUGGGUAUAUUGUCCCUGCUGAAUUUGGUCGGUGCCCCUCUGGCAGUCCUUUCCACUCAGAACUGCUUGCUAAGUGCUCAGUGCCAAGGGACAUCCCACCAUUGGCGCUACCUGUGUACGGGGCCUACCCCCUGCCCAUUGUCCCGCCGGAAGUCACCAUCUUCCUGUUGGUGAGCACCAUCCUCCUGGCGGUGUGGCUGGCCCACAUGGUCCCCAAGAUGCUGCGCACAGAGAGGGGCCACCGCUUCCAGGAGCUGCUCACCUGGCUGAGGAGCCGCUGCUGCUCGCUGUGCCGCUGCUCCUGGAUCUGGCACUUGCUGCGCCGCCCAAGGGGCCAGGGAGCCCCCCAGAGCAACCCCGAGUGCAGCUGA